CUUGUUUGCAGCCUCGCCAACCUCGGCCCUUUGCUGCUUUCACAUGUUUUGUGUACCUAUAGGCGGCCGGAAUGACUUCAUUCUCUUGCGGUUUGGUUACAUUAAUCAAGGCCGUGCAGUGCCAUGUGAUCACAUGCCCUUGUUGAUUUGACUAUUACAACUACUUGUGCACAGUAGUAUAUUACCUUGAGCUACUCUCGUCGACCUGCUCUCAACCUCCUAAGGCAGAACUACUUGCUCAAAGUCGAGAUUCAACACGCAGAUACCAAGUUCGGAACAAGUAAUAAAUCAAGCAACAAUGUCUCUCAAGAACGAUGCAUUCCCCUCCUCCGCGGCCUUUGAAGCCAUCAACGACGCCCUCAACUCGAGCGACGCCGAACGACAAGCCGCAAUCAAACAGGGCGGCGCGGUGUUUGCGUUUAAACUCACAAACGACAAAGGGCAAGAGGAGACGUGGCAUUUGGAUCUCAAGGAGUCUGGGAAAGUGGGCAAGGGAGAGGCGCCGCAGGGGAAAAAGGCUGAUGUCACACUCGUCCUGUCCGACGAUAAUUUCGGCAAAUUGGUUUCCGGCAAGACGAAAGCGCAGACGCUGUUCAUGACGGGGAAACUGAAGAUCAAGGGCAAUGUGAUGAAAGCUACGAAACUUGAGCCCGUUCUGGCAAAGGCCAAAGCGCAGUCAAAGUUGUAGUUAUAGUCUACCUACAAAGUUUGAAGUUAUACGGCAAGUCUAAAGCAUAGCCCACAGUAAUGUACAGUAUAGUACCACUGCAGUGAAGCGACUGGGCUUGUUUGGCGAGAGUCAAUAUACCUUAACUUGAGGACAAUCUUGCAUGUGUUGCAGGUCUGCAGUGGUCUGUCUGUUCUAGUCUCUGGUGUGAUCUGCUGUAGGCUGAUCCGGUCUGAUCUGGAUUCUGGGCUGAUUUGGACAAAUCGGGACAAAUCUGCCCAAUCCGCCCGUGUCUAGCCUGCACAAUGAGAGUCGCGGACAGAAUAAAAAUAGAUACCUAUGGUAUGGAUAUGGAUGGAUAACUUGAAAGACAAGACACAGCUAACUAGAUUGGCCGUGAGCGUGGUCGUGGCCUGGUAUGGGCAACUGCUAGCACCAUCACGCAUGUCUUCUUUCUUUUGCGUAGCAGUGUCCAUUCAUUUGAGCUGCCAGCGUUCCUCCUGAUGGUCUAUAAAAUACAGUACAGUAAUAGUAACUGCACCAUAGAGCGAAGAAUCGACAUACAUGAUGACAGAACAGCAUCCAUUCCCAAAAAGAACCAACCACACAUUUAUAAACCACCUGUUUAUGUACUUCUUCUACCUAAGAAUAUCUACUCCGAGUCCUGCGCAAACCAAUCAAUUUAAAUCAAGAAACAUCACGGUUUCGGACCCGUCGACACGGCAGCCGCAACAGCCAUAUCCAAAACUCUACCCAGGACACCAUUCUCCGGCAACGCGACACCAUCAUGAUCCAAACCUUUGACUUCUUCAAUUUCAAAGUCCGCGACCUGUCUGGCAAGAGGACUCGACCACACAUCACGAAGAUAUUUUUGACCGCCAGACCCGAGAUACGAGUCCUUGGAUCCGAAAUAUGCCACAAUGUGCAACUUUUCCUUCUUCUCUUC